AUGAACGCCGAAAACUACACCACAGCCGACUGGCAAACAGACAUCCAAGCAGCCAAAGAUGCUCACCUUGAUGCGUUUGCACUGAAUAUGGCUGUCGACUCUAGAAUUGGUCAAAUUCUGCCAACUGCUUUUGAAGUUGCUUCCGAUUUGAAAUUCUCACUGUUCUUCUCCUUCGACUAUGCCGGAAAUGGAGCUUGGAAAGCAGAUGAUGUGGCCGCGCUCUUGGAGGAAUAUACGGCCUCGACUUCGUAUUACCUGCAUAAUGGCCAGUAUCUUGUGUCAACAUUUGAGGGACCCAACCAAGCAGAGGAUUGGAUUGAUCUGAAGCAGAAAUACAACGCCUUCUUUAUACCUGAUUGGUCGUCUAUUGGUGCCAAACCAGCCUUGCAGUUAGGUGGCGGCGUGGCAGAUGGUCUCUUCAGUUGGGCAGCUUGGCCGUGGGGCCCACAGGAUAUGGACACCUAUACCGACGCCUCUUAUUACCAAUAUCUGAAUGGGUCUGGGACAAAGCCUUAUAUGAUGGCUGUUUCGCCGUGGUUCUUUACCAAUCUGCCUGGUUAUGAUAAGAAUUGGCUUUGGAGAGGCGAUGAUCUGUGGUACGACCGCUGGGUGGAGGUUCUAUACAAUCAGCUAGAAUUUGUGCAGAUUAUUUCUUGGAAUGACUAUGGCGAGUCUCACUAUAUUGGGCUGCUAUACGACUACGUAAUGGAAGCCUUCAAGAUUGGUGAGGCCCCUAGUAAUUUUGCCACCGACAUGCCCUAUGAUGUCAGUAUCGGCGGUAUCGUGCAGGAAGGCUUAUGGACCUGGGUUCUAGAUGGUAAAGUCGGUAUUUACCAUGGCAGUGUUCCUUUCACGGGCACCGGAGAGGUUGUUGUGACCAUCUCCUGUGAUGGAAAGCUCGUUCUUUCGGGCGAUGAAGCUCCCUUCUCCCCGGUUCCAUCGGGCAGCGCUACCCCACUACCCGUCUUCCCAGGGACUUCUCACACUAUCACAGUGCAGCCCCAGGCCACGAGUUCUGUGUCAACGGGCGCAAAUGUCCCUUCUGUUACCUGGUCGAGUGGCACUCCAACUGAGACCUGUACUAGCGGCUGUGGUACCGAUAGCUGCAAACUUUUUGGUGGAUGCGACUCGAGCGACCCGGUAGAUGAUUGUGGUCUCUAUGGCUGUGGAGGAGGGUGCAGCAUUCAAAGCUGUGACCAGUCCUGCGGCUUGUCUUGCUCUACCGACCAACAUCAUAUUGACUCUGACAGCACCGACAGUGGCAGCGGCACAGAUGGUGGAAGCGCCAAUGGCCAGCAGGCAAACCUCCCACUUGAUUACGACGGGCCCGAUGGUUCUUCCAACGGUGACUGGAACCCCACGCCCAUCCGUGUCGAGGUCGCAACAUCCAUGACAAGCUCUAUCUCCGCUGAAUUUGCCAAAGCGACACCCAUUCUUGAUUCCGCAGUGUCCAGCAUGAUAGCCUCCAAAACGAUCCCUAGUGAUCUGAAGAAUUCUGCAAGCGCCACAGCUUCGUCCAUCAAGGAUACAAUGGCAACCCAUGUCAGCGAUUUGGAAGCGAAAAUCAAGGCUGCUGAUCCCAACAACAGCGGCCUGGGGUGGUUUGGCAGUAUAUUGGACAACUUCAAUAGUAACAUCGACUCGGCCAUCGAUGCUAUCAAUGAUGGAAGGGCAGAAAUUAAAUUGAGUUUAGGUAUUUAUGGUGCACAAACCGACGUGGAAUUGAUCAACCGAGAAAUUCGAAUCGAAGCCGGCGAAGACAUCUGUGAUUCCACCGCGGAAGGGGGCGGCAGCAGCAGUCACCCUAGCAGAAAGCGUGCCGCUCCACCAUCCUGCGCUCCUUUUUACCAAGGAGAUCCAGGCCAGGCGUCCAAUGCUGCUGAUAUUCCUCAAUGGACAGGUUGUGACACCCAUCUUGGGUUCGAGUACGCAAGCACCGAUUCCAUCAAGGCCGCCAUGACGCAAGGAAUCAAGUACUUGCUCUCACCUGUCCAAGGGCCCCAGCGUCCCGGUCAAGGGCCGUGGCAGAUUGCCACCAGGGCGAUGUAUCCUCAUGCCUACGGCAACAGUGACGAUAUUUCUUUCACAAGCGAUUGCGAAAACGCUGUAGCAGGCUAUACUGAUCUCAUUGAGUUCCCUAUCAUGCCGGAUGGGAGCGUUUUGGAGGCUGGAAAGAACGCUGGGAGAGGCGGUGUUCCUAAUGUUGGUGUUCAGCGCGUUGUGUUCAAGGCCAAGGCGGAGAGGGAUCCCUUCGCUGCCGACUGGAAUUAUAUAUUCUGUGGUGUCAUGUCUCACUUCACGACUGAGAAGGUAAAAGUUGUCAUCGGUGAUGACGAGAGUUGGUGA